AUAUGAUUUUAGAUAUGAUGCUUUCCUUUAUGAAUCAUAGAUAUUGCAUAUUUUGCUAAAUGUACAGUAAAACAUUAAACAAGCCUCCAAUGCCCAAAUAUGGGAAUGGUCUUUGGUCUUGCAACACCUCCCAAGUCCACCCCAUCACACUUUGUAGCUCAAAUAAACAAAGCCUAUGCAAUGUAUUAACCAAUGGCAAGAACCCUCAGUAUUAUGGGUGUGGCCUGCCUGAAAUAUAAAUAUUAGAGCAUCACCUUUGAUUAUCAACAUUCAUAUACAGACUUGUUCAAACUAGUUGCUUGUAAUAAUUCCAGCUCACACAUUUUAUUAAACCGUAUCCUAAACGAAUAAGUUGACUUCAACCUAAAGAAUCGGUUUCAAAUCUUCAAAAGCACACCAAUUAAGAUCUUAUCUAAAACCUACAAGAUGGCUUAUCCAAUAACCUUGCAUAGAAUCGGUGGCCACGGUGGUCACUCGUUUUCCUUGACUGGAGAGAGUAAUGGAGCCACGCUAAAGCAGCUGAAUGUGUGGGUAGGGGGCUCGCAGGUGAGGGGGGUCCAAGUCUUCCUCACAGAUGGACGUCAAGAACUUUUUGGGCAACGAUCUGGUUCUAGUCAAGAGUAUAUAUUUCAGCCUGGGGAGUGUUUCACCUCUCUGUCGCUGUGGGGGAAUGGAGCAGGUACUCGUCUAGGAGCCAUCAAAUUCAAGACAAAUCGUUCCGGAGAGUUCUUCGCCAAAAUGACCAGCUUGGGAUUGCAGACAGAAUACCCCAUUGAUGUUGGCUCUGGAAUCUGCUUCGGGGUUGUUGGAAGAUGUGGCAGUGACAUUGACUGCAUGGGCUUCAUGUUCCUCACUGCUGUCCAGUCAACGGUUUUGAUGAACGUCAACUACCCAACAAUGAGCCAACUUACACCCCAGGUAAAGGUAGAAGAAAUCAAAUCCAUCACCUACGACAACAACACCACAGUCGACCAAGUCAACCAGAUUGAAUCCUCCAAGAAGAUUACAAAGAAGUCCUCUUGGACUGUGACCAACAGUAUGGAGGCAACUUUCAGUAUGGAAGUGAGUGCAGGAAUCCCAGAGGUAAUCGAGGUUUCAGAUACAUUCAGCUUUACCAUGGGAACAGAGAUCUCUUACCAUCUGGAAAACACUGAGGAGAGAACGGAGACGGUAUCCUUUACCAUAAAUGUUCCUGCAGGAAAGAAGGUGAAAGCUGACAUUACAAUCGGUCGAGCCACCAUUGACCUGCCUUACACUGGCACUGUGAAAAUAACCUGCAAUAAUGGCAGCGUGCUUCAGUAUGACACCAGUGGUGUAUACAAAGGUCUUACCUACACCACAAUUAAAGAAAGUGUUACAGAAAUGUAGAACAAACUACAAAAGCUAUUUACAUGCCUGAUUGCCUUUGCUUUUUACUUUACCAUGAUUAUUUUACUUCAUUGUUAGGAACAUCAAAUACAUUUGACUUUAUCACUGCAUUUGUACUUUAAGUUACUUAUUACUUAUUGGUUAGUUAAUGACUUGUUGUUUUAAGAACUUGCCCUUAAAUAAAAUGUCUGUUGUACACGUUCUUAGCAGCAAUGAGAUUUUUUUUACAGAUUUUUAUAUCAUAUUAUUACAAUUCAUUUGGCUUGUAGCGGUAGACUUCAUCUUAUAUGCGCUGUGGAGUCUAUUUUUAUAUAACAUUACAAUAUUCUUAUUAUUACAUUAUUUGCUUAUUGUGCUCAUUGUAUGUGCUGUGACUUAGGAAUAAAUGGACCCAAUCACCCCCCCCCCCCAAGUUUUGAUGGGGUGGACAGGAACGAAGGGAAAAGUUACAUGAGAAAGUGUUUAGCUUGCAAUAUUGAAAGUAGCAAGGUCGAGUGCAGAGACUGAGAGAACACAAAGAGGUAGUCAGAACAGCACAUCGCACCGGCCUUCACUUUGUAUGGGAGCUCCCCGCAAAGCUAGGAAGCAACAUUAUGGUUUCCCGCUAUAUCUGAAGCAACAUUAUGGCUUCCCGCUAUAUCUGAAGAAACAUUAUGGUUUCCCGCUAUAUCUGAAGCAACAUUAGAGAAAACUAAUGAGUAUGAUGGUGCCAGAGUAGGGAGGGACUUUCACAGGCCGGCCGAAUGCUGAUUGGAGGAUCGUGUUGCCAAGAGACUCUGAGUCUGCGCACCAACCAAAGAGAACCAAGUCUAAACCACGGUAUCUCUUCAGCUAGUCUUAACCAAUCAUAAAUGUACGGGCAACGCCCUGUGUAAUAAAAUGUAUUGUCCCAAGAGGUUCGAGGCUCUUGACGGAUUUGGUGGUUACAGAUUACAGCUUUGCUGCCUGUGAUUCCCAGAGACGUGACGAGUCCUUGGCCAAGUGAUAUAUAUCUUUUGCUCUCUUUACAAUAAAUAGUUAAACUUA